AUAGAAUUUAACAUGAAUUAAUCUCACUGUGGAGAGGAGUACUCUGAGAUCGUUGCUAGCAGUGUUGGUUAUUUUCCACAACAUAACUUUCCCUUCUUUUGUGGCAUCCGCCCCAAGUUGAGAGAACGGCUUUCCACUCUUCAUCUUAACUGACGUUCCCCCCUAUCGCCGGCAAUAGCUUUUUUACACCCGCUGUCAAGCUUGGAAAAACAUCUACUUCACGUCUACUACUUGUUUUGCUACACUUAAACGUGAACGCUACUCACAGCGUCAAUGUUAAUCCAACUCAAAAACGUAUUCAACAUCACUUUACACUUGUUGCUAUGCUCUGUGGAGAUGUGAACGCGCUUUUCAGCUCGAUCCCAGCAGGAUGGAUGGCUGGUUAGGCUAGCGUCACCGGUCAAGCUCCGGCUAAUGCUAAUUUAGACAGCCAGCAGCGAUGAGUGCAAGUUCAGUUCAUGCAGAGCUCCGAGGGAGGGUCAGACACCACGACCAGCGUGGCAACACUGCGGACGUCAUCAUCAGCCCAGGCGCCUGUGGUACAGCCUGUCCCAGCCUCCCAGCAGAGGGUGCUGGUUCAAGCCACAGGCUCAGCUCAGAAGGGAGGACAAGUACAGCAGCUUUCAGUACCCAGGGUUCAACAGGUCCCUCAGCAGGUGCAACAGGUGCAGCACGUCUAUCCAUCACAGGUCCAAUAUGUAGGAGAAAGUGGGGAGGCUGUUUACACCAAUGGAACUAUCCGAGCGGCCUACUCCUACAACCCUGAGGCUCAGUUGUAUGGGCAGAGCAGUGGCGGAGCUUACUUUGACUCACAGGCUGGUGGAGCUCAUGUCACCACAGUGGUCUCCUCUGCCAGUGGCGGGGUGCCCCCUCAUGGCAUGGUGGGCAUCGCCAUGGACGUGGGCAGCAGCCACAUCAUCUCCAGCGGCAGCACCUACCUAAUCCAUGGAGGAAGCAUGGAGGGAAGCCGCAACCACAUAUCACACUCCUCUCGCUCCUCCUCAGCCAUGCUUGAAAUGGCGAUUGAAAACCUCCAAAAGUCUGAAGGAAUUGCAAGUCACAAAAGCAGCCUGCUCAACAGCCAUCUGCAGUGGCUGCUGGACAACUACGAGACUGCGGAGGGAGUGAGCCUGCCCCGGUGCUCCCUGUAUAACCAUUACUUGCGGCACUGUCAGGAACAGAAACUGGAUCCGGUCAACGCAGCCUCCUUCGGCAAGCUCAUCCGCUCAGUUUUCAUGGGCCUCAGGACCCGCCGCCUCGGUACCAGAGGCAACUCUAAGUAUCAUUACUAUGGCAUCCGGGUGAAGCCAGACUCUCCGCUUAACCGGCUGCAGGAAGACACCCAGUACAUGGCCAUGAGGCAGCAGCCUGUCCAUCAGAAACAGAGGUUCAAACCUCUACAGAAGGUGGACGGUAUGUCCGACAGCCUGUGUGGGAGCUCUCAGCACUGUAACAACACUCCAGAGCAGUCGGUGGCUGCUCAGAGCCAACACCACCAGCAGUACAUAGAUACAUCCCACACCUUACCUCCGUUUCCCACUCCUGACUUGGGCACCCAGCCUCUGCCCGAGCGCAUCAACAUGAACGACAUCAAGAAGCUGCAGACGCUCUACAGAGACCACUGUGAGGCGACUUUGGAUGUGGUGAUGAACCUCCAGUUCCACUACAUUGAGAAACUCUGGCAGACCUUUUGGUAUUCAACACCGCCAUCUAGUGACGGAAGCACCACCAUCCCUAACAGUGAUGAUGACCUGGAAAGUGUGAUCCCCAGAGAGAAGCUGGUAGCUCUGUGUAAAUAUGAACCAAUCAGACUAUGGAUGAGGAGCUGUGACCACAUCCUUUACCAGGCUUUGGUGGAGAUCCUCAUCCCUGAUGUGCUGCGUCCUGUUCCCAGCACUCUUACUCAGGCCAUACGUAACUUUGCCAAGAGUCUGGAGGGAUGGCUGACUAACGCCAUGACCAACUUUCCUCAAGAAAUCAUCCGCACCAAGGUGGCGGUGGUCAGUGCGUUUGCACAGACUCUGAGACGUUACACCAGUCUGAACCAUCUGGCCCAGGCAGCCCGCGCCGUCCUCCAGAACACCUCCCAGAUAAACCAGAUGCUCUCUGACCUCAACCGGGUCGACUUUGCUAACGUUCAGGAGCAGGCGUCGUGGGUGUGUCAGUGUGACGAGAGUGUGGUUCAGCGUCUGGAGCAGGACUUUAAAGUCACCCUGCAGCAGCAGAGCUCCCUGGAUCAGUGGGCGACCUGGCUGGACAACGUGGUCUCUCAGGUCCUGAAGCCCCACCAGGGCAGCCCCAGCUUCCCCAAGGCUGCACGCCAGUUCCUGCUCAAAUGGUCUUUCUACAGCUCCAUGGUGAUUAGAGACCUGACUCUGCGUAGUGCAGCUAGUUUUGGCUCUUUCCACUUGAUCCGCCUGCUGUAUGAUGAAUACAUGUUUUACCUGGUGGAACACCGUGUGGCUCAGGCCACUGGAGAAACUCCUAUUGCUGUCAUGGGAGAGUUCAGUGACCUGAGCUCUAUGAUGCCAUCACUAAUGGAAAAAGACGCCUCCUUCUCUGAUGAGAUGAGCGACUUGGGCAGUGAUGCCGACGCGUCCAGAGGUCCUACUGAACCAGCCGUUAAGAGAGAGAGGAUCGAAAUGAGCCACCCUCUGCAGGAGAUGUGAGUCCAGUCCAGACGGGGGCCGGACUGAAAGCCACAUCAACCAGCAUCUCUCUCUCCGUUGAAAAGAUGACCCUCGUGUGGCUUUUGGGCCGAGCACACUGCGUCCGUCUGCAGUCAGCGUGUGCAAUGUAUAUAGACAAGAGAGUAGCAAUGUCAGUCCUCCCCUCACUAGCGUUCGUAAAGACGGUAAUCUUUCUCCCAGGAAGCAGCAAUCUGACCCGAGGAGCAAGCUCACGUCUGUCUUUUUUUUUUUUUUUUUUUUUUUUUUUUUUUUACUCACAGGGGUGUAACACAGGUCUGAUUUUCUUUGUUUUUGUUGCAACUGUGAAUGACUUUGUGCAGUACCUUUUUAUCGGAUGUGUAACUCUUGAGUGGUGGUGUGUGACGUUAACGUGGGUCUUUAAAAAAAAAACAAAAAAACAACAACAACAAAAACAAUCUUUAACUAGCUGUGCCAUAGUGUCAUUUGAGUGCCUUAGAUCGCUAACUUUGAAACCACCACUACAGAUGUCUAUCUGUCCCUCAGCUGUGCCUCUACCGCAGUAUGAAUGUAUCGUCUCCAAACCUCAGACAUUCAAAGCACCUUUAACAUUGAUUAGGUGUAGGUGUGUACUCCUUGUUGCCUCUGCUGCAGCUCGCAGCACAAAAAAAACAAACAAAAAAAAAGUAAAAAACAACAAUGAACAUGCAACCUACUGACCCAAAGGACCUUUCCCUCAGUCGUUCCCACCAGCUUAGCCAUAGCCGUGGCUCUGUCUGUCAGGCAGUAGGGCCUCAGUAGUCAGGAAGGCAGGGAACUCAGUCUGUUACCUUGGCUGUGUAAGACGUUGGUUUGUUUACCUCAACAGAUUUUCUAUGCUGUGCUCCGUUCGGCUCAGAUGACAUGAGGCAAGUAUUAAAAUAAUAAAAAAAAAAAAUGUAGCCACUGAUGCGGUUUAUGUAAAUAGUUCCCCACGUUCCUCCAAAUGGUUUCAAUCUUGUAAUAGCUCCUCCAUGUGAUAUAAAGACGCAUUCAACGAGUCCUUCUGUGGCAGUUUACUCAGCCGCCGCAGAGUUGGGAACAAAUCAUCCAUCCUAACGGAGAUGUGAUGUUGAAGCCCUUUAACCUAAACUGGAAUCUGGUCCGUCUCCUCUUUGAGCCUCAUUUCCUGAUCAAAGUGGUUGUACGUUUCUAAGUGAGAUCAAUUAAUACAUGUUAGAGCUUUGGACCUGUAAAACCAAAACCUUUACACACACACACACACACACACA